CCUUGUGUUCUAGUGGCGCUCAGUGUUCGACUGUCGCUGCUGCGAGAAACUCCGCGACGCUAGCGUGACCGUGUAGUGCUCAGCGUGUAGUGCCCGGCGUGCUCCACGCUAAGCAGACCGUACCUGUUGUGAGCAUUGUUACUUAGUGUGAUAUGUUACCACUGUGUACGAGUCGUGUGAUCAUUACAAUGAGCCACUAACAAUGGAGUCUGGCGCAGUGUUAUGACGGAGGUGCAGGAUGUCGCUCUCCACAUGCCCCCCUCUGUGGACCCUGGUGGGGGCGCUGCUGUGGUGGUCAGUGUUGUGGAGGACGAGGAGUACGAUCGCCUCCUCACUGACCUCUGGGUCGGCAUCGUUCUCACGCUUAUGGUCUUGUCCUGUAUCGGCUGCCUCUUCUCCUGCUUCCUCUACCACGCCUUCCGGCAAUGGCAGGCUCGAGGUUAGUUCCACUUCUGACAGGAAAUUGUCCGUACUUUGGAAGUGACAGGGGAAAAGUAGAGGAGUGCAAGGUUAUAUUUUACUACAUUAAGAACAGACGUUGUAGACAUUACUAGAAAUAGGUAAAGGAGACAGGAUUUUUCCGGACAUUUGUUCAGUGAUGCGAACAAUUAGUAACACUGCGUUUCGGGAUCUGCAAUCUCAUGUCCUCCUCAGGUGGAUAACUGACCUAACACGUACUACCAGCCAGUUAUAUAACACAGCAGCUAGCCAGCCUUUGCGUCUCUAUC